AUGCGGAUAUCCUUGUUGCUUUUGAUGCUAUUCGGCUUGAAAUGCUUCGACACUACAGGUAAUAGUAAUUUCAAAAGUUCAAAAGGAACACAAAUUAAUUAUAAGGUCAAAAUAAUGAAGACACGACGGCGUUUGUAAAUGCUUCCAUCGACGCUCAUCUCAACAUUCAUAUAGUUGUGGGCAAAAGUCCAAAUGUUUCGGGUCAAGUCACGGUAAAAAAUUCUUCUUUCCUGAAGAUGCCUAUUUUGAAAACUUAGGGUUACAAAAUUUAUUUCACGAGGAACGCCGACUCGACAACCAACGAAUACCGAGACUGGGAUCAGGAAGAAGUCAUUUCUGACAGGCCCUUCUACCGCAUCACCCUCGAUUGUUAGUCUUUUUUUAAAGUUCCUAUCUACAAUUGGAUUUCAGGUAGAGUUGAAAUACUUUUUAUAUAAAAAAAUUUAUAUAGACAUCAGAAAAUUUUUAGAUUUUCUGUUCUAAUCUUUAAAAAAAUUGAUUGAAAAAAAGAAUGAAAAAAAUAAAAAAAUCAUAGUAUCAAACUACUAUAGAAAAAAAGAAUUAUACGAAGUUUUUUUGGGGUUAAACCCACUUUUGCAGCAGAGUGACGCAAUGUUACACCUCGACGCACUGUGACGCGCAAAAACAAAAAUUAUUUUUUUGACGAUUUUGCUUUUUGCGAUUACAAAUUUUUUUUCAGCAAGAAAGUAUUCAAUACAUCCUCGGGCAUACUACCGCAUUCGCUCCACCGUUUUUCUCAAUCAUGUAGAAAGUGCGCCCUCCGUUGUGUUCGUUUUGAAUACUCAAAGUGCAGGUUUUUCAGAAAUAAAAUCCUGUAUAUAAAUUUAUUCGAUUUCCAGCUCCAAAAAGCACCUGUGAUAGUUGGGACCAAAGUUAUGCACAACUCUUCAGUCAUCAUAAGUUUCGUUCCAGGCGAUGAUGUCGACCUCGUUGCUGUAAAUUCUUUGAUACUUUUUUAUUUCUAAAAAUGAUAUUCUUCAGAACUACACCUUGGAAUAUAAGGAAGCGACAUCUGACCAUUGGAACUCGCUGCAGUUUUUGUCGGAUCCAUCUGGAAAAGUUAAUUAAUUGUUUUGGACAUAUUUAAAUCAAUGGUUAAGGUCCUGCUGGACGGAUUAGAAUCCAACAAAACCUACGAGGUUCGAAUGUUCGUUUCUGGCCACAUUGUCCCCGGAUCAACGUCAAAUAGCGCCACUUUUGGGACAAAUACAAUUGGUUUUCGAAUCCUUUAGAAAAAGAUUAUUAUAACUUAGAACUGGCGACAGUGACUUUGAUGCCUUCUGAAAAUCGUUGGACGAUGGAUCCGGAGACGUCGGAAUCUCUGGAGAUUCUGUGUGACGUCAGGUCUUCCACGCCGGCGCAAGUGUAUUGGAAAGUCAAUGGUUGAUUCUUGGAGUUUCUUCUGAUAUCAUCAAUGGAAGUUGUUGAAAAGUUGUUCAAAUCUGGUGCAAUUGGAAAUUUUGGUUUUAUAAAUUAGAAAAUACUCUUCUGCAAGAUAAUGAAAUUGCAAUAGAAUUUUCAAAUUCUACCAUUUUUUUUCGCUCUUUCGGCUUUUUCCAUGGAUGAUUGUUCCUGUAUGUGGACUUAUUGAAAUAAAAAAAAAAUAUUUGAAGGUGAACGCGUUUCUGUUGACCAUUCGUUCUACACAAUCACCACUACGGUACACGAUGAACACGUUGAAUCGACCAUCCGCUCAAAAUCCAGGUUUCCCUCGAAAACAACAUAUUUCUAUCAUUUUUUGGGCUUUAGAACUCGAUCCGCUUUCUUUUCUUGCGUGGCCACCAACUCAGCCGGCGACGCUCAGAAAGAGUUGGAAGUGAGUUUUGAAUUAAUUUUUGUUCGCUUCACGUUUAGGAGAUUUUUUUGAAGUUUUUUUUUCGUAUUUGUAAAAAAUGUAAGAAAAGAAGAUUUUUCUUAAUUUUUUGUACUUUAAAAAUGUCGUUUGGGACUAAUUGUACAUCAAUUUAUAUUCGUUACAUUUAAAAUCUUUUAUUUCCACUAAAAAUUUUUUUUUCGAGGAAAAUAUCGACUCGCCAGGAAAUGUUUGAAAUGUGUUCAAUAUGUUUUUCAAUGUUGAAGGUUUCGAUAGUUCAGGUUGUGAUAAAAGGACCGGGAAGUCCGCCGUCUGCAAUCACUUUGACGGCAGAAAGGAACGGAUACACGAUCGCCUGGCAGCCGCCGUCCCAUCCCAACGGCGAAAUAACGGUAACUUUUCGAAAUGAGUCUGGAAAACCAAUCCAGAUGGCAGAAAUACGUGGUCUACCAUACGCUGAAUCGCGAGGAUCCGUUGUCCGACUGGAGGAAAAUCGACUUGGAUGGGUCUGAAAGUUUUGUCAGGUUCUUCUUUGGAUUUCUUCGAUUUUUCACUCUUCUAAUCAAUUAGAGUAACGUUUUUUUGAAGAUUCUUCGGAAGAUUUUGGCGGUUUUUUUACUUUGAUUAUUUAUUCUAUAGUCAUUUUUUCCGGCUUGGAAUGCCAUGUAAAUUGGUAAGCAAGGGCUUGUUCAAUAACUGAAUUUUUCUCCGAUUUUUUUUCGCAUUUUCGUUUGAGCUCUAAUUACUUCUCGAAAUAUGAUCAUUUUCACUUUUUGAAGGGUGAUCACGGACACGGACGAAAGUUUCUACGCGCGAGUCCAGGCGGCGACGGACCUCGGACCGGGAAUAAUAUCCGACAUUGUCGCCGUUGAACGCGACAGUUGGUUGAUAGUGUAUCUCAGAAACGGUAAUGUUCUCUUGAAGCUCAACCCAUCACGGUCGAAAUGGAGUACGAUGGGAUUUCUGGCGAGCAGGUACAUGUGGUCGAUCCAUCGCAGCCGGUGAGACGUUUUUUUCACAAUUUUUCGAGCUGUGAAAAACGGCGGGGGGAGUUUAGAAUAUGAACAAUAGAUUUUUUUGAGAGUUUUUGUUUAAAGGCUGUCUUGUUACUAAAGUUGGAUGCUUCUUUUUGAAACUUCAGGAGAAGAAAAAGCAGUUUAUCACAAUGAAAGGAAGAAAAUCAACCUCAAUAUUUGUUUGAAAUCGUAUUCUUUUCAAAACUGGCUUGAAAAAGUCCGAGGCUUUUUACAGAUUGGCAAGAAAUCUCACGGAGAAAAAAAGUCUAGAAUGGUCUAAAAGAUCCUUGUCUCAAUAAUCAAGUUAUAUAUAUAUAUCUUAUGUUUUUCCUACUACGUGGAUAUUUUUUUUGAAGAAAAUGGCAUUUUUUUGUUUUGAAAAAUAGUUUUUUUCAGCUUCUGGUCCGUUGCACAGCGAGAGGAAAGCCGCGUCCUUCGAUUUCCUUUGCGAUCAGCGACCACAAAAAUGCGAGCCUCGUUGAGGUUUGACCGAGAAUGAAACCAAAUUUAGCAGGAAUAAAAUGGCCGAGGGAUAUUGCUUAUGGGAAAGAAUAAAAUUUUCAAUUGAGGUGGUGUCUUUUUUCUAAAUCUUGAAGUAGGACUAGUAGUAGUAGUUCCAGACUCACUAGAAAAAAUGCUAACUUUUUUUUGAUUGAAAAUAAUUUUUUCGAGUUAUUAAUUUUCCAUGCCCGCCUUUUAGAGCUACUAUAGAAAAGUUGACUGUGGGUUUUAUAGCCCAAACACGGCUAGCUUGGGGGCGUGGCCUGUCUGCGCUCUCCAACAACCAGACACUGUCUCUUUUUUAUCGUCUCAGGAGUGUUUUUUCGAUGACUCAAGCCAGCCUUAAAUCGAGUAUAUAAGCUUUGUUCUCGAAAAAAUUGACAAUUUUGAAAGAAAGCUGCUUGGAGACGAGACUACUUUCCAGGUGGACAUUUGGCAGCGACUCCAGGCCACCGCCUCCAGUGGAAUCGUUUCCGCCACGCACAAUUUCUCCACGCUCACUUCAAAAUUCGCGCACUGUAGAGCCAAGAACUCUGCCGGGCAGCAACUAUUCUACGAUUGAGCUCCGAGUCGAUAGUUAGUAUUGAUAUUUCGUUUUGAGAAGUAUGGGUUCCCUUUAUAAAGUGAACGACCCAUAAAAGUUAUAUCCUUUGGAACUCCAUAGUGGCCCCUAUAGAAACCUUAAUGAUCAUUGAAGAUUUUCCUCUAGGGAUUCUCUUUUCCGAUUUUAGAGCCAGGCGACAUGCCUACAAACGUGCGAGUUGUGGGCAUCAACUCUCAAGAAGCGAUCGUUAUUUGGGACAACCCGCAUUUCCCAAACUUGCCAAUUACAGUAAGGAAACCAAGACAAACUGCAAAUUCGAAGCCUUUUCAGAGUUACAUAGCAAUGGUGAGUAGUGAUCCGGAGAAAGACAAAAGCCUCUGGAAAGAAUUCGAAACUGAAGCCAAAGACGCCAAAAUAUCGAGGUCAGUGGGAAGAAAUCUAGUUUUUCCAUCUGUAAAUGAUCUGAACUCCUGAAUAAGGCUAGGUUCACUGUUAGAUGUAGUUUUCUAUCUAUGAGAAGAAAUAAAAUUGACUCGAAAAAAAUUAAAAAAAUAAAAAAAGAGAAUUUUUCUGAAUCAUAGACUGGAGGUCUUCCCCUAUACAUAAAAGUUUAGUUCAAUAAAAAGAUAUUUCUAAAUUUUGCGCGAUUUUUAACUUUUUUUGAAAGACUUUCUCAGCUGUUUUCAAGCACAUAUUCAUUUGGAACAACCUUCAAUUAAACGAAAAGUUUUAUUUAUUUAUAAUAGAAAAAGACUUUUUUUCUGCGUCUCUUUGAUUUCCAAUGGGGAAAAGUUGAUAUGAUGUUUCCCUUCGAAAGGAUGUCGCUUCCGACGCAAGACCUCGAAAAGUCAACACAGUACCAUAUUGUGGUGAAAGCUAGAAAUGCAGCCGGGAUGGGACCUUCCAGCCUGCCGGCCACUUUCACCACUCCCAAUGGAGGUAUUCAAAAGAUUCUCCAGUCUUAAUUAUCUGAUCAACGGCUUUUUCAGGUCCCGACGACAUUCCGAAUGACGUAAGAGUCGAAAUCAACGAGGCGAACCAGGUUGUUCUGCGCUGGAGAAGACCCAACUCCACGACGCCGAUAUCUGUCAGCCAAAUCCUUCAUUUUCAAGAUUUUUAACUUUAUCUCCAGGGAUACGUGUUGUAUUACACCCGCGACAUGGGCCUCAAUAAUGAAGAAUAUUUGAAUUGGCAGUCUUUGGAUGUCAACGGAGAUGUUCUCAAGUCAGUUUGCACAGGUAGUUCUGGCUGAAUCAAAGCACACCUUCCACAGGUACAAGUUCGACAAUAACAUCGGACUCCGACCAAAAACGUUCUAUCGAUUGAGGGCUGCGGCCAAAAAUGAACACGCCGUCGGGCCUGUCAGCUCCGUCGUUGAGUUUGAAACGGCCUACUCCGGUGAGUGAAGUUUGGGUCAUAUCAGUUAGAGUUUAAGAUGCUUACGGCUAGAAGAUGAAUACAUUUUUUGGAAAAAUAUUACUUUUAUCAAGACUUUUAGGCUAGUACAUACAUGGCCAGAAAAUUUUAAAAAACUACAAAAAUCCGUUCUCUCGUUUUUUACCUAAACUAAAGUCGGUCUUACUUCCUGAAUUCUGAAAUUAUGCUUCUAGGUUAGGAUAUAUCAGAAAAUACUCCGUUUUUUGCGACUUUAGCUUCUCUGCGCCCUCCUCGUCUCUCGGCUACGCUCUUAUUUUGACGUGUUUUUUUUUUCAAAUUUCUCUAACCUCGCCGGUGAGGAAACAGAGAGACGCAGACACUCGGAAAGUUUCAAGUCGAAGCGGAGAGACUAUACCACGUUUUUUCUGAGAGAAUCUUCGGAAAAGCCGCAAAAAGAGCCAGAGGAGAAAGUGAAAUUGAAUCCGGACUUUUUCUCAUUGCCACUAUUAUAUGUGAGGUCGAAACAACUUUUUUUUUUUCCAGAAUUACCUAUCCCGACUGAUAUUCAAACCGAAAUCAACGAAGACAACACCGUGCACAUCAGAUUCUACGCCGUCAAGGACCCCGAUGAUCAGACGAUCGCAGUUCAAGUAAUCGAUUAUUCACAAGGAAGGACAUUUGACUCGAAGAUGAUGAAAGCCCCAACCUUCAUAAAUUUCUUGUUUUCGAGAAAUGAGAUCAUUUAUCCCUCUAAGACUCAAUCUAAGUGACUUUGUAUGAUGUAUUUUUUGAGGAAAACAUAUUUUCUCAAAAAAAGUCAACAGGCUGAGAAUUUCAAAGUCCUUAUACGGUUCCAUCGAAAAUUCUUGGCGAAUUUUACGAUUGAUCUGAAGUUCCGAAUCAGAUUACUUUCCUUGUCAGAACGCGACAUUCUCUUUUCAAUCUAUCAUUUGAAGAAGUACCGGCUGGAAAUGGCGGCAACAGAAGACGUCCUGAUGGCGGCUUGGGUAAACGUGCAGCCGACUCAAACCGUCAUCGAUGAACUCACAAACUCGGUUCUCAGGAGAAUCAGCCAGCCAGUUCAUUUUGAACUUAGGUAGAUGUCAUAAUCGAUGGCAGCCGUAUGGAACGAAACAAAAUGUACUGGGUCAAGUUGACGGCCGUCCUGAACAAUCCCUCGAGACUCGUUCAGUCUUCCAAGCCGCGAUGGUUCCGAACUGGAAGCGGAAGUUUGUCGGAAAAAGACCAUUCAAAACUCGCAUUUCGCAUCUUCAGAACUGCUGACCACGGCGAAGGUUGAAGGGGGACCGGUUAUUGAAAAAGAGCCGAAUCUCUCCGAAAAACUCCACGUCACGUGCUCGGGAGAAGGAAUCCCGACCCCAACUAUCUUCUGGUCUUGGCAGAACGUCUCCGUCGUCAACGGCUCGGGCGGAUGGGAAAUCCACGAACACACACGCGAGCACCUCGUUGUGUGAGUGUUUCAGUAGGACUUUUUCACAAAUUUUCCAGUAAAAUGGCUGGUAAGAAAUGAUAUUGAAGAUCUAUUUUCAAAAGAGCAAUUUUUUCACCGCCUAGUCGAUUCCAUCUGACUAAAACAGCCAAUAAAUAUUGAUGAUGAUCUAUGUUGUAAAACUUUUUAUUUCAUGUAUAUCUUACAAAACAACACAGAGUUUCUGUUUUGGAGGUAUACGAUCCAAAAUUUGAAUAAACUGUUUUCGAAACGAAACUCAUCGUCAUUUCUGAUAUUCCAGUUUUUUCUCUCAUUUUUUUUAUUCAAUUUCUUAGUUUUCAACUUCCUAUGUGCUUUUCCGUCAUCAUACUUGUUCAGCCCGUCCGGUUUGUCACACUGUAUGUCUAAAUUGUGUAUACACCGAACGCGGUUUUUGGGCGAUAUCUUCUCCAAAAACGAGUUUUCUGUACGAAAAGUAAGCAAAUUUGAUGAAAACACAAUCAAAAGUAUAAAAAUUAGUUUCUGGCAAACACCAGCGAGUCCAAAUAAAAAAGUCUAAUUUGAAAAAAAGGUCUUCAGAAAGUUAACUCAGAAGUUUUCAGGUCGAAUCUGUACCGCAACGAGAUCAGCGAGUCUGGUCGACUCCUUUGUAUUGUGUCGAACGGCGAAGGCAACGCGACAGAUUCCACGGAAAUCCGCGUUCUAGGCCCUGGAAACCCUCCGGCGCGAAUCCAAACGACACCUUUUCGCAAUCAAAUCAACAUCACCUGGCAGGAGCCUCGGUUUCCCAACGGCGACAUCAUGGUAUCCAUGAACUCUGAAAAGCAUCGAUCUUGAGACUCAGAAGUACAUCGUGUACUACAACUUGCAAAACGACGAGGAUCUGUCUGACUGGGAAAAGUUCGAGACGACGGACCUGGAGGCGCAGGUCGACUCCAAGUCUCCGCAAACAAGACAUUUCGUGAAGAUCCAAGCCGUUUCCGACAGAGGACCCGGCAUCAUUUCAGAUGCUGUUCCUUGCGACAGCGACCUUCUUUGUAAGCAUUUUAAUAGUCAUAGUCCUUUAUUCCGGUUCCGAACUCAUGAAUCAAGAAAACUAGACAAGGUGAGAUAACGAUAGAGAGAGGUUAACUUAAUAAAAGUACAAGUAACUGAAAUGGCAGAUUAGGGUAGCCCAACUAUACGAAGAGAAUGAGAGAGUGCAUCGAUACAAGAGUAGAAACGAAGAGGAUUUUUCAGAGUAGAGAUGUUUUACUCUAACUUUCAGACGAGCCAAUAUCUUUGAAGUUGUUCGCUGACAACAUUGUCGAGUUUGAAGCCGAGCCGGACCAGAAUGUCAACGUCCGCUGCGCUGGAAUCGUGAGCGUUUUGAUAUUUCUACAUAAAAUACUGAAAAACUGAUGAAGAUUUAGAAACUUAUGGAAUUUUCUACUUCAGAUCAGCUCUUUUGAAAUACUUCAGAUCAGCUAUUUUAUUGAAAAACUUUCAAACUAAUUUUUCAAGAAGCAAUUUUGUCAGGGCAAGCCGGUUCCAGACCUCUUCUACAAGUUUGAUGAUAAUCCUGAAGCGGAAUUUCCUGAAGUUCAAGAAGCCAUAUGAAAUAUUAGAGAAUUGUUAUGAUUCAGAUUCGUCUUGUCGACGAGUCGGACGGGGUUUUCGAGGCGAACGCUCCUCUCGUCAGUUCUCCAACAAAUAUAACGGUCGUUUGCCGCGCCGUCAACAAGUACGAAAACGUCUCGAUCCAGCGAAUCAUCGUUAUCAAAAGUUGGAGAUUCCUACAGUUCUAUAUUAAUUGGCGUCACCAGGGCCUGGUGAUGCUCCAUCCAAUAUAACUUGGAGCUUUUCCGACGAAGACGAAAGUCUUUUCCUCGAUUGGUCUCCCGUCGCACAUCCGAAUGGCCACCGCGUUGUAAGUUUGACAGAGCUGCAUGAAGUUAAAAAUGAAGAAAAAAAAAAAUAGAACAGAGUUUUUCUGGAAACAGUUGUAGAAAAACUUUCAUCAGAAAAUAAAAAAUUUAGCAAACAUUUGAAGUUUCGUGUUGCCUUAUUCAAUCCCUCAAAAUUUUUUUUUCUUGACCAGGGACGAUUUUAAGUACAUUUUUUUGUGAAGAAGGUGAUGAAACUUUUGAAAAAUCGGUUUUUUUUUCUGCCAUCGUUGGCUUCCUUCCAAUAGUAGGAAUUCAUGUAAAUUCUGCUUGAUUUUUCAAUUUCAUCAAUUUUUCAAAUCUAAAAACACCACCAUGUAGCGCUGACUUCAAACAGAAGAACAAAGAAUUUUUCUCAAAAAGAGGGUCGACGAAUAUAAAUAAAUCCAACUUAAUGAAAUCAAACUAUGAAAGUCUUUUUUGUCAUUUUUGAAACCUCAACUAUCGUUCCAGCACUACAACCUCUACCUGUCUAACUUCAAAACGAAAGUCGCAGGGCCGCCCGUCAGAAUCCCUGAAGUUGUCCUUUGGAUGAAAUUUUGAUAAAUCAGGACUUCAGAUUCCACUAAACGUCAACAUGACGCUCCGGAUUUCUGCAGAAAAUGAGCACGGAGAAGGCGAAAAGAGCGCCGCACUCAUCAUUCCAACUCCAAACGGAGGUUUUACUUUUAUCUUGAAGUCAAUUAGAAAUUUUUAUGUCGUUAGGCGUAUAUUCGAAAAAGUAUAAUUUUUCAUAUAUUUUAUGACGUCACUGUAUUUUUUUCCUAUCAAGUAAAUAAUUUCCGAAUUUUCUUUCAAAAAUAGAAGGUGAUUUCACUGGAAAAGCUGGAUUUUUCUGAAAAUUGACCGAAUAUCCCUUGAAGGGCCUGAUAAAGCAGUUGCGCAGUUUUUGAAAUGUUAACAAUGAGCUUCUUAGAAAGUUCAAUUAUCUGCAAAUAAACGUUUACGCAUGUUUUGAUUAGGAAUCCUCGUUCAGACCUUGAAAUUAUGUUCGAAAAACGUUUUGAAAUUCACAAAAAAAUCACUGGGAAUCGUUUCUUGAGGUCCAAAGACACCGCCAAUCCUAACGUCCUUGCAUGCCCAAGACAAGACAGUCCAUAUCCAGUGGACCCCUCCGACGAAACCGAAUGGCCAAAUACAAGUUUCCUCCGAUCGAAAUCCCCAAAACAACCGACCAAACUGUUUCAGCAUUACACUAUCUAUUAUCAUCGACUGGGUGAAUCCGUAGUAAAAUGGCAUGUUAGUCCUACUCUCGGUUGACCAAACUAUAAACGCAACUGAAUCUGCAGCAAGUGCGCGUGAGUGCGAAGGAAACCCACGCGGUGCUGAACAAGAGCCUCGGUCUGGAGGACGACGUCUCCUACGAGUUGAAGGUCUCUUCGACCAACGCCAAGAACGAAGGACCCGCGAGUGAGGUCAGCCCAAGGCGUUCAUUGAAAGAUUUGAUAAGAUUUAUCUCCCUUAUAAGGUUUUAAGCCUGAUCUCUUAUAAGUCAUAAGCUUCUCCGGUUUUCAUAAACAGAAAUUGAGCGACUUGAAGAAAAGACAAUAAGAAAUGUUCCAUUUUUUUUCGCCAUUGUCUUGAAAGAAUUCAAACAUUUACAGACCUAUCCCUUUGACCUGCAAACGGCGAGUCAUUUACCUAUCGUGGAAAAUUUCACGGCCACUUUUGUCAAUUCGACAAUUUUCGUCUUCCUUCCAGACUCGGAAUACGAGGUCCGACAAGACUAUACUCAGUGCAAAAAAUGACAAAUUCAGAAAUACAAUGUUUCUUUGAUCCAUCCAAACAUGACGAUGACGUCCCAAAAAGUGGAAAGCAUCAUCGGCGAUGACGUCACUAUUUCCGUACCGUUCAGUUUAGACGUCGACUUAGGGUUUUUUGUCGGACAGUUCUUGCAGAAUUCAAGAUUUUCAGUUACAAGGUGACGAUAGCCGGAAUCAAAAAAGGCCACGAAAGCGUGCCAUCUGAAGCCGUCGAUUUGGUCUUUGAGAAGAGUUAGUCAUGUAGCUCAAUUUGUAGAACGUCGAAUUUCCAGUAGAAGAAGAUCGCAGCAAAACUCGGUCGACGUCUCCGGACCGGAGGAAGCCGAUACGUGAGCCACCUUUGUGA